GCGGGAGGAGGAGGAGGAGGAGGAGGUGGAGGAAGGGAGAGGAGCAGCAGGUCCGGCCGCUGUCUUGGAUACCCCCAGCGGCGAGGCGGGCGAGGGGAAAGAUGGCGACGCUAGGAAGCGAGUCGCAUCCCUUCCCCGCCGUUGCUCUGGCGGCGGCAACUGCCGGAGUGGGCGGCGGCGGCGGCGGCAGCGGGUCGCUGGGUUUGCAGGCACCGCUGAAACGCGGUCUGGAGCGGGCGUUGGAGGAGGCAGCGCACUCCGGGGAGCUCAACCUGAGCGGCAGGAACCUGAAGGAGUUCCCGCGUAGCGCCGCCACCCUCAGCCACGACCUUUCCGAUACGGUGCGGGCAGAUUUAUCCAAGAAUAGAUUAGCAGAGGUUCCUACAGAGCUGUGCCAUUUUGUGUCCCUGGAAACACUAAAUCUCUACCACAAUUGUAUUAAAAUUGUACCAGAUGCCAUAGUGAACUUGCAAAUGCUAACUUACUUAAACCUGAGUCGAAAUCAGCUUUCUUCUUUGCCAGCUUGCCUGUGUGGUCUUCCUCUAAAAGUCUUAAUUGCAAGUAACAAUAAGCUAGGUUCCCUCCCAGAAGAGAUAGGUCAGCUAAAACAGUUAAUGGAACUGGAUGUCAGCUGUAACGAAAUCACAACUUUGCCACAGCAGAUAGGCAAGCUGAAAUGCUUAAAGGAGCUGAAUGUCAGAAGAAAUUACCUCGAAGUUUUACCCCAAGAACUAGUGCAGCUUCCCUUGGUGAAGUUUGACUUUUCCUGCAAUAAAGUGCUUGUGAUACCAAUUUGUUUUAGAAAGAUGGUGCAAUUACAAGUAUUACUGCUUGAGAAUAACCCUUUGCAGUCUCCACCAGCACAAAUUUGUACCAAGGGCAAGGUGCAUAUAUUCAAAUACCUGACUGUCCAGGCCUGUCAGAUUAAAACAGCAGACUCACUGUAUCUUAAUGCCAUAGAGCAACAGCAUUUGCCUCAGCCUGUGGAAGAGAGCAUUGAUGACAUCUACCCAAGUAAAAAGGAUUCAGAUUCAGGCGUCGGUAGUGACAAUGGUGACAAACGUUUGUCAGCAACAGAGCCAUCUGAUGAAGAUGCUAUCAGCUUUAAUGUUCCAAUGUCAGACAUUGUGGAAGAAGAUCAGGUGCUAAAGGAAGAUUCAGGUCCCCAUGCUAACUCAAGAAAAGUGGAAUUGCGUCAAGGAUCUUCUCACCGGGUUGUCAAUGACAAGGCAAGAGAAACAGGAAGCCAGUUUGAUGACUCGGAUACACUCACUACUGAAUUCAUGAGUUACAUUAAGAGCAGAGCAGCAGAAUGUGAUGAAUUACUGAGAAUAGAAGAGGACACCCAAUGGCAAACAGAUGAGAUAAUAAAUUUAUCAGAAGAACAAACCCUUGAUAUAGCAAUGAUAGAGCAACUGAGAGAAGCAGUAGAUUUAUUACAGGAUCCCAACAGCAGUCAAUUGCAGAUGGAGAUGUCUUCACUGGGUCAGAGAGAAGAUGCUGAAGGGGAAUUGGAAUUUCAGAGGAGGAGAGAUUUGAUUAUGGAGAAAGCCAAGCCUUGUGAACAGGCUGAAAAAUGGUCAUUGAAUCAGAACAAUCUAAUUGUUUGGAAUACAAGUGGGCAAACCUCUCACAAUGAGAGCAAGGAUAAAAGCCCAGCAAUGUCUCCUACUGCAAACACCACAAUCCCUUUUGGCCUGAAGCCACGAUCAGACCCAUCCCUCAGUCUUCCUCCUAUCUCCUUCAACACACUUACACAGGCACAAACAUGGGACAACUUUAGCUACAGUAUCCCAUCUGAAGGAGACAGUGACAAUGUGUUCUUAAGACCACAAAGGAAUCUGGAAUCAAUAGACCCACAAUUUACAAUUCGAAGGAAAAUGGAGCAGAUGAGAGAAGAGAGAGAGCUCGUGGAGCAGCUGCGUGAGAACAUUGAAACAAGACUAAAGAUUUGUUUACCUGAAGACUUGGGCUCUGCUCUGAUGGAUGGUGUAGUUCUGUGCCAUUUAGUGAAUCACGUUCGCCCUCGGUCUGUAGGAAGCAUUCAUGUACCUUCACCAGCAGUACCUAAACUUAGCAUGGCCAAAUGCAGGAGAAACGUGGAAAACUUUCUGGAUGCAUGUAGAAAACUGGGGAUACCAGAGGAGAAGCUCUGCCUACCACAUCACAUCCUAGAAGAAAAGGGCUUGGUAAAAGUGAGCAUAACAGUUCAAGCAUUGCUAGAUGUAACUACAGUGAAACAAGCUUUAUUCACAUGAAGCUGCUCUCUCUGCUGUGACCAGCUCCACUGUGCCACCAGAGAAUCAGAACACUGCCCACCUUUCCCAGCUGCAUUGAAAAACAGCCAAC